GGCAGUGUCGCCUGGCGUCCCCCCCCGCCCCGCAGUCAUGGCGGCGGAGCAAGAGGCCUUGAAGGGCGGCAACAGCGGCAGCGGCCGGAACCGGGGCGGCGUCCAACGCGUCGAGGGCAAACUCCGCGCCAGCGUGGAGAAGGGGGACUAUUAUGAGGCGCACCAGAUGUACCGGACGCUCUUCUUCAGGUACAUGUCGCAAGGCAAACACGUGGAAGCGAGAGAGCUCAUGUAUUCCGGGGCCCUGUUGUUCUUCAGUCACAACCAACAAAACAGCGCUGCUGAUCUGUCCAUGCUAGUUCUAGAAUCCCUGGAGAAAUCGGAUGCAAAAGUGACAGAUGCGCUCUUAGAGAACUUGGCGAAAGUGUUCAGCUUGAUGGAUCAAAACUCCCCCGAAAGAGUAGCCUUUGUGUCGAGGGCGCUGAAAUGGUCCAGUGGCGGAUCUGGGAAACUUGGGCAUCCGAAAUUACACCAGCUGCUAGCCAUCACGUUGUGGAAAGAGCAAAACUAUUGUGAAUCCCGAUAUCACUUCUUGCACUCCACAGACGGUGAGGGAUGUGCAAACAUGCUGGUAGAAUAUUCCUCAUCCAGGGGGUAUCGUAGUGAGGUGGACAUGUUUGUAGCUCAGGCGGUGCUACAAUUUCUCUGCUUGAAAAACAAAACCAGUGCGUUAGUGGUUUUUACAACAUACACACAGAAGCAUCCUUCCAUAGAAAGGGGCCCUCCCUUUGUACAGCCAUUGCUCAACUUCAUUUGGUUUCUACUGCUGGCAGUUGACGGAGGAAAGCUAACGGUAUUUACAGUAUUGUGCGAACAGUAUCAACCUUCCUUGAAGAGGGAUCCCAUGUAUAACGAAUACCUAGACAGAAUAGGACAGCUCUUCUUUGGUGUUCCACCCAAACAAACAUCAUCCUAUGGAGGACUACUAGGCAAUCUUUUAAACAGCCUGAUGGUGGCUGGGGAGGAGGAGGAUACGGAAGACGGGCAGGAAGACAGCAGUCCCAUCGAACUGGAUUGACCUCUUCCAGAACUGCUCGGAAUCCGACCCACGUGCUCACUUCAACCUCAACCACCACCAAAAUAGACACUUUGAGAACGAGUCCUGCGAUUGCUUCUCAACAGGUCAAAGGGCUCCCUCUGUUCUGUUUAAAAGAAGGUUGCUGAUGUUCAUAAUGUUUUGGUCUAUAUUAUUUAUGUAAAAAUGCAAUGGGGGUAAAGCCAAGAGAACAGAUUCGGUGCAAUCGUUAGCAGGCCUCUGACAACAUUGACCGGUGACGGACUGAAGCGGAGCCUUCCCUGCGAUUCCGUAAGCGGUAUUUCCUCUUCUCGCAAUCACACUAAAUAAAGCCGAAACAUGCAUUUGUUGCUUUAUAUUUAAAGAGAGAGAGAGGGGAAAGAAACACCCUACGUUUUUGUGUCAGCGAACUUAAUAAAUUGAAGCGCUUGAUUGUCCCAGAGGGUUGUCUUGAAAGGCAGGGGCUGCAGUCGCUUGAGAGGGUUAUCGGUGGAGCCGGUGCCAAAAGCAUUUUGAGACGAGCCAAAGAAGAUGCGAUACGAAUCGAAAGCCCAAGCAGGAAAUACCAAAAUUGCUUCCAUUGUAGAAAAUGAGACCUCUUGGUGAGUCAGGAAGUUUUGUGAAUAGUUGUGUGCACUGUGGAUUGGCUAUAGCAUCUUUAAGGUCUUGCUCCACUGUAAAAUAUGUAAUUUAACACCAGUGGAUCACGUGAACACCGGAGGCCGAGUCAAAGUAGAAUGUCUCUUAGUCCAGUAACACUGUAUGUGGUAUGUACUGUGGCUAAAAUCUUUCGCCCUGGGAGAUGGCUUAAUUCUGUGACGGUUCGGCUAUCUUGCCACGACCCGGCCCCAAACGACGACAUUUUGGCAGACAGAGCAGGCAAAUAUUUGAAACAGGGUGAGCUUUGACAAGAAGGGGAUGUUGCUGACCUCUCAGUUCUUUCUUGUUUGAUAUUUAUUUUUAUGGGAUGAUAUAUGGGUUCAUUUUAACACUUUAUGUAAAAAAAAAAAGAACAAAAUUACAAGUAACUGCAAACCACAUGCUAGGCUUAAUAUAAUUCUACAUCUUGUCUCCAUUAAUACACAACGCCAGAUGUUAGUCGUAUGAUUAAAAGAUGAAAGCGAGGGGUGGGGUGGGGGAAACACUUUAUUUUUUCACAUUUAAAAUAAAAAGGCUUAGAUUAAUACAGCGAUCAUGCAUGAGGGGAGAUAAUACAUUUUUAUUUACUGUAAAGAAAAAAUUAAAAAGGAUGAAUUUGUGUUAAUUGUUGAGUAUUGAAUAAAUACUUUAUACUGGGA